AUGGCAGACAUUGAUAACAAGGAUACAGAGGCAAGCGAUGUUGGUCCUGUGCGCAAGAACAGCCAGUACAGCCAGGAUGGGUCUUCAGAUGACAAAGACUUCGAAGAAGAGCUGGAAAGGGAGGAAGAGGAUGAGGAGUACAAGCAAUUGAAAGAGCAAUUCAUGAGGGAGCAAACCUUCAACUUCUCGCGUGUUGUCUCAGCGACUCGUUUGCAUUUCCGUCCGGAUGUCAAGGAGAUCCCAGAGGCCACGGUGCAUCAUCUGCGGGGCUAUGUAGAGCAGGCGAAAGCCCUAGGAGUCAUUGCCGCGAUCGCCGUCAACACCCAUGUGGAUCUGGUGAAACAGAUCGCUACAGAAGCAGAACCGAAUUUGACGCUCCAUGUUUUGCACGUCCCAUGCUGGGGCGCAUUUGUGCCAGCGUUGAAUGCACUGCUGAACUUUGCCCAGAGCAAGGGUGCCAAGUACAUCUUGUACCAGUCGUUGGAGGUCUGCUGUUCACGGGAUGUAUUGCAGCGAAUCAUGGACCACCACGACAUGGAUACCUUGGUGGUCGGGCCUGUACUUGACGGCCACAAAUUUCGUCCCGGAGAACGGAUCCUGGACGGUCGCAGCUCGCCCUGGAAUACCCUGGCGCUUUGGAGUGUGCGGAAGCUGGCCCUCACAGGCUUCCUGUGCAUUGCCGAUGGUCUCCCUGAUGCGCCGCCAUCAUUGAAUGCAGCAGAUGGACAAGAGAUGCUGGAGGCCAUGAACAUGCCGGAGGGUAGUGCGCCUAUGGGCAGCAACAGCUGGUGGAGCGGUGAAGAUUAUGCUUCCUCCGGCUUUUCACAGCAGAUGACGCCAGACCAAGCGGUUCCAGCAGGUGUGGAGGAGGUGACGGCCAUCGCCUUGUUGCAACACCUGCACGGCUCGGACCGCGCCCGAGCAGUUUUGCUGCAGCUACCAGAUCAUCUUGAAGCUCAGAUGUCCUGGGCAGCCAAUUGGGGCAAGGAUGAAGCCCGAAAGAAAUGGCACAAGUACAAGAUGGCUUCGAAAGUCGCUCGCCCAGCCGCGCAGCUACAGGAGCUCUUUAAGUUUCACAACGGACCUACCAGUCCUCGAGCUAGCCUGAGCAAGGACCGCUGCAAGGAUACCAAAUUUGCAGGCGAAGCUACUGAUUGCUUUCAACUCUUGCGACGCCGGAGAAGAUCCGCGAGUGCAGAGGAGGAGCAAGAACAUCAAGAUGAUCAUGACAAGGAUGAAAAGGACGAUCAUGCUCAACAUGGACCCAUGCAUGUUGGCAAGGUGAUGCACUAUGGUGAAUCCAUCAUGCCGCCCUUGCGGGUUGACUGGAUCUGUUUGGUGCUUUGCCUGAUCUUCUAUGCAAACUCCACAUCGGUGUUGGCCACGGCCUUCAGUUGGAUGAACGCCAAAGGCCCAGGGCAGCUGGACCGAAAAGAUGUAGGGCUCGUUGCCUUGCUGAUUGGAGGCGUGUAUGUGCCCAUGCCAUUGUCCUUGUGGCUGACGAGAACAGUGACGGUUCGCUUCGGGCAUCGCUACGGCCUCCUGCUGUUUCUCUUCUUCCAACUGCUGGGGCAUCUCAUCACAGUUUGUGGUCAAGCCAUCGCACCCACCACGGUAUGGCCUGUGAUGUUGGCACGUUUGGUGCAUGGCCUGGGCUCGGGCAUCCUAUUUCAGACACGUCAUAUUCUGGCCAUCAUGAGCACCAAUGACAAUCACACCAAUAUCCAGAAAUGGAUUUUCUUCACAGGUGAUCUGGGUCUUGCUAUCGGAGCUCUUUUCCCGUUCAUGCUGUCUACCAUCAGCGGCGGGAAUCUUCCCAAAGAGGCUCCAGAACUGAUCCCCUCAGCAGUUGCACUCUGCAUUGAGGUGGUGGUCAUGCUGUGGGUUGGAUCAGUUUUCCCAAGUCGACUGGUUGGAUUACCUGAAGGAGUCCGCUACACUGACUGGACGGCCAAAGGUCGGCGCCGUGCCAAACUCGCCGAGUCUGACCGAAAAUUUCGCUUUACAGUGUGGUUCUCGGGCACGACGCGAAUCUUUGUCCAGUCUGCCAUGGUUCCUGUUGUGGCACUCUCAAUGAGGGACGCCAAUUGGACUGGAAACUACCGACAAUCUUUGGCCGUUGCUUCCAUGUUCCUCAUGCCUUUGCCCUUUGAAGUGAUCGCGGGCAGUGUGUCUUGUUCUUGUGGUCCUGCCGCACAGGAUGGCACCACUGUGAGCAAGAUUAUUUCUGGAGCCAUUGGUGGUGCAGCACUGCUGGUGGCAGGUUUGCAACCCCAAAAUAUCGCAAAUGGUGGUGAUGGAAAACUCUUGACUUUGCUCUCCAGAAUCUUCGAGCUUGGUAUCUUAAUGAUAGCUCUGGGCAUGGCAGCUCCCUUCAAUGCCGCAAAGUUGUACCAGCAGAAGGAUGCUGAGCACUCAAUCGUCGUGUUGGAAUGGUUGAAGGCUUACAUUGGCAGAUUGCUGGGGCCCUUCUGCGCGGUCUUGCUGUACAGCUUCCUUGGCUACUUCCCGGUUCUCGGAGUACUGGCAUUAGCCACUGCUCUGGUGACCUUCACAGCGUAGUUCGCUUAGUUGCCAGGCUGUUUCACAUUAUAUAACCUUAAAAGUCUGGUGCCCGCACAGCGGGUCCCAAGCAGAAACCCGGGCUG